GGCGCGCGCGCGAGCGAGCGGAGAUAUGUUUGCAGUCCGAAGCAGUAGAAAGCAGCUCAUCUUCUUCUCCUCUCAAAUCAGCAGCAGCAGCAGCAGCGGCAAAUUCUCUAUCAUGGCGGCAUCCUCUCCGAGAAUUUCUAGGGUUUCUGCUCUUUCGACUGCUGCUUCUCCUUCACCUCCGAAUCCUCCUCCUAAGAGGGUCGGUACCCACAACGGCAGCUUCCACUGCGAUGAAGCUCUCGGCUGCUUCAUGAUUCGUCUCACCGAUAAGUUCAACGGUGCAGAUAUAGUCCGUACAAGAGAUCCCCAGCUACUGGACACACUUGAUGCAGUACUUGAUGUUGGAGGUGUGUAUGAUCCUAGCAAGGAUCGUUAUGAUCAUCACCAAAAAGGCUUUAGUGAGGUCUUUGGUCAUGGGUUUUCGACAAAACUCAGUAGUGCUGGGCUUAUUUACAAGCAUUUUGGUGUGGAGAUAAUUGCGAAGGAGCUUCAGCUUGAUGAGGGACACCAAGAUGUGCAUCGAUUAUUUUUGGCUAUAUAUAAAAGCUUUGUGGAGGCAGUUGAUGCUAUUGACAAUGGGAUUAAUCAAUAUGACACUGAUCAGCCUAAAAGAUAUGUGGAUAACACAAAUUUGUCUUCAAGAGUUUCACGACUUAAUCUGGACUGGAUGGAUCCUGACCAGUCGCCUGAGAAGGAAAAUGAGGCCUUUGAGCAUGCAAUGAUGCUUGCUGGUGGUGAAUUCUUGGAGAAUGUCAAAUUUCUUGCCAAAUCAUGGUUACCAGCACGAUCCAUUAUUAUGGAGUCUCUAGCAGCAAGAGGAGAUGUUGAUCCCAGUGGAGAAAUCAUGACCUUGCAUAAGUUUUGCCCUUGGAAGCUUCACCUGUUUGAGCUUGAAGAGGAGAUGAAGAUUGAUCCUCCUAUCAAGUAUGUUCUUUAUCAGGAUGAUAGGAGCAAGCAUUGGCGAGUGCAGGCUGUGGCAGUAUCCCCAGAUAGUUUUGAUAGCCGAAAGCCUCUCCCAUCCACAUGGAGGGGUUUGAGAGAUGAGGAACUAUCAAAAGAGGCCAGCAUUGCUGGUUGUGUUUUUGUUCAUAUGAGUGGCUUCAUUGGUGGAAAUAAAACUUACGAUGGAGCUCUGGCUAUGGCAAAAGCUGCUCUGAAACUCUGAUAUUGGAAGAACAAGGUGCUAGAGGUUUCUGCAGGUUACAGCAUGGUACUAGCCAUUCAAUGAAUCCAAGAUCUUGGAACUGCAUGAACUGGACCCAAGUAACUGUUGUUGUCGACCUAUCUUCUGCACCUGUGCAGGGCAGAAAGGUAUCCGGAUUGUUUUCGGCAUAUAGCUAACAUUGAGUUCCAAAAAUGUGUACCAUGUCAGGUCAAGGAUGGUGAAUCCGUUUGUGGAUUUGGGUUCUUGAUUACAUGGGACUUGUGUCCUUUCUUGAGGUAUUUACUGGUUGAUCGAAGUGUAUGACAUUUUUGCACUGUUGAUGGAGAAAAAUCCCAUAUAUUCCACCGCUGUAUCCCAUUGGAAUGAUGUUGAGAUUCUUGAGGUACACAAAUUUAUUAUGGCUUCUUCUUCAUCCUGCUACAUCCAAUCAUCUAUUUAUUAGUAGAAAGCCUGAAUUUUUUGUUAUGUAUCUUCAUGUAGCAACCAAUACAUAUUGUAGGGAGGAUGACAUCCUUUUGAAAGAUAAUUGGCUUGAGGGGUUC